AGCAGCAGGAGCUGCGCUCACCUGGCUCUGCUGACAGCCCGGACCCUCCAGUCCUCAUCAUGUGGCUUCUUUAUUGCACUGCCUGCUGUGGGACUUCAUAAUGUCAGCUGCAGGAGGGGUGCUGCCCAGGAUUACUCUGCCCUCACUGGCAUAACAUUGUGCCAUGUGUGCCAUCCCUGGUCCCCAGACCCACUCAUGGGAUGUGGCAUCCUAAAGUCUCGAAUCGUUUCUGGGCACCUGGGGACACUGAGGGCUCAGCCCAAAGUCUCGCUGCUGCUGACUAUGAUCUUCUUGUGCACUUUCUUCUUCUAUUGCCUGAGUGGCUCUUACUGUGACUCCCAAAUGAGCUUCGGAUCUUUGGGCACUGCGCAGUUGGCACCUGGGCGGUCUGCCUCUGCGGAGCCUUGGAUCAGCGCUGCCGGAGAGCUGCUGCACCCUGGAGAUGCCCAGGAGAACAGCCUGCAGCCUGGAGAUGCCCAGGAGAACACAUGGCAUUCUGAAGAUACCCAGGAGAACAUACUGCACUUUGGAGAUGCCCAGCAAAACACAUGGCAUCCUGGAGAUACCCAGCAGAACACAUGGCACCCUGGAGAUGCCCAGCAAAACACAUGGCAUCCUGGAGAUACCCAGCAGAACACUCGGAACCCUGGAGAUGCCCAGCAGAACACAUGGCACCCUGGAGAUGCCCAGCAGAACACUCGGAACCCUGGAGAUGCCCAGCAGAACACAUGGCACCCUGGAGAUGCCCAGCAGAACACUCGGAACCCUGGAGAUGCCCAGCAGAACACUCGGAACCCUGGAGAUGCCCAGCAGAACACAUGGCACCCUGGAGAUGCCCAGCAGAACACAUGGCACCCUGCAGAUGCCCAGCAGAACACUCGGAACCCUGGAGAUGCCCAGCAGAACACAUGGCACCCUGGAGAUACCCAGCAGAACACUCGGAACCCUGGAGAUGCCCAGCAGAACACAUGGCACCCUGGAGAUGCCCAGCAGAACACUCGGAACCCUGGAGAUGCCCAGCAGAACACAUGGCACCCUGGAGAUGCCCAGCAGAACACUCGGAACCCUGGAGAUGCCCAGCAGAACACUCGGAACCCUGGAGAUGCCCAGCAGAACACAUGGCACCCUGCAGAUGCCCAGCAGAACACUCGGCACCCUGGAGAUGCCCAGCAGAACCAUUUGCGCCCUGGUGCGGCACUUUUAGACACUUUUCCUCCAGUCACUGCACAAACUAUACCUCGUGCCAAGGCUGGCGCUCACACUGGCACAGUGGCAUUGCUUAACUCAGUAUUAUCUAGCAACAGGACAUCAGACCAGAAAUUUACCCACAGCCCCAGCCCCACCUUGGCGCACAGUAGCUUGGGAAGUAAAAAGUUUCCCCAAGCCAUCAUUGUGGGGGUGAAGAAAGGGGGCACCCGCGCCCUGCUGGAAUUCCUGAGGAUACACCCAGAGGUCAGGGCGAUGGGGGCUGAACCCCACUUUUUUGACAGGUGCUAUGACAAGGGACUGGAGUGGUACAGGAAUUUGAUGCCUCGGACCUUAGAUGGACAGAUCACGAUGGAGAAGACUCCGAGUUACUUUGUAACCCCAGAAGCGCCGAGACGAAUUUACAACAUGUCCAAGGACACAAAGCUCAUAGUGGUGGUCCGAAAUCCAGUGACAAGGGCCAUCUCUGACUACACACAGACCCUGUCAAAAACUCCGUCCCUACCCACCUUCCAAGCAUUGGCUUUCAAAACCAGCAUGGGGACAAUCGAUACAACCUGGAGUGCCAUCCGUAUAGGUAUCUAUGCUAAGCACUUAGAGAACUGGCUCCAAUACUUCCCUCUCUCGAAAUUCCUUUUCGUCAGUGGGGAGAAACUCGUCAGUGACCCUGCCAAGGAGAUGGGGCGAGUCCAGGACUUUUUGGGAUUAAAGAGGGUUAUUACGGAUAAACAUUUCUACUUCAACAAAACUAAGGGAUUUCCUUGCCUGAAGAAACCGGAGGGAAGUGGCAAGCCAAGAUGUCUAGGCAAAUCCAAGGGUCGUCCACACCCCGAUAUUGAUAAGAUACUUUUGUCACGCCUUAAGGAGUUCUACCGACCGAACAACAUGAAGUUUUACCAGAUGACCGGCCACAACUUUGCUGGGACUGAUGUUUUUGGAUGUCUUUGGCUUGACUGGUAUCUUUUAUAUGAUGAAAACGGGCAUUUACUUAGUUCUUCGAUGCAUUGGCCCUCUUCGGGGGCAAGUAUGCCAGAUACCGCAGCCCCCUUCUUAAAAAUAAGCCUUGGGGGGUAAAAUGGCAUUAAAAUUGUAAACUUACAAUCAUUUUGCCCACUUGUGGACUUGUAUGGGGCUUUACUGAGUCGGGCUUAGGACAUUUUUUUACUAUUGUAAUAUGUAUUUAUAUCAGA